UUAAUCCCCUUUUUAGACAGUGUUAGAUUCUAAAAGAAGUGCAAACCCCAAACCCCGCACAGAACUGAGCUGGUGGUUCUACAACAGCUAACUGAGAUAAAAGAAGAAACUGGAGUGUGUGUAUUGAUAACCUCUGUUCAUAAAUUAAACUAAAACAGAGGUGGCCAGACAGCAAGUCUGUGCACUGCUGUUGAAGGCAGUCUGCAAUAUAAUCUCACCAUACUUCUGAGAUUUGAGCUCCAACACAGAAGUAUUUAAAUUGUUCUCAAACACUAGGCAGAAAAAAUCAUAAGAAAGCCGUGUAAGGAGCAGAGCUGAGGUGGUGCUGAAGGGAGAACUGAUUCUUACCCAGAGCUGAGGAGAGAGACAGGGAAUAUAGGGAAUGGGAUGAGCACAGUGAUACAGAUGGUGAAAACAUUUUCCUAGAAAUUCAUUAUCUGAGUUGCUCUGGUAUCCUAUCGGCUGAUUUCUCUUGCUUUGCUUUUGCUUUCACUAACAGCUUUGAGAUAGCUUUAGAGUCCUCUGCAGUUAACAAGAGGGUUUUUUUUCUUUAUUUGCUAGUCUUUGUGUCUGAGUCUAGGGGAGAGACUAUAGGUACUUUUUGUGUUCUGCCUGCAGCAUCUAACAUGCUCUUGUAUAAACCAGUUUGAUUCAGUGCCUGAGGGCCAGUUCAGUCUUCCUGCCAAAAAGCCCCUUGAAGCCAGAGGUGGGUGACCUUUUCUGAUGAAUGGUUUGCUUUGAGAAAGAUACAGGCCUGGUCUUCCCAAAUGCACAGAGCUGAAUUUGGUAUGUAACAGUGAUACAUACAGUGACAUACAGAAAAUACUACCGAGGUUUUCCCUCCAGCAUUUCCAAACCAAACAGCCUUAAUUUUCUAAUGCCAGACUGCUGAGAGUCUCUCAAGGGCAGUUUGUGGGCACUUGGCACCAGCUCUGCCAGGGAACAGAGCGGCUCAUCCCUGCACUGUGCUGCAGACAGGCUGUGUAAGGAUCCCACUCACCAGGCUCUAAGGCACAUACUGCUUCUCCAUUCUCCCGCGGUGCUGCGCUCCAAACGAUCCCAGAAAUCAGAGAGAAGUAACAUAAAAUAUGUGUGUGGUGUAAGAACGUGUGCUGAAGUUUCAUGUUUCAGGUAAUCUUCUUUAAAAUAAUGGGAGUCUAGAUUGCAUCAGUUAGUUUAAAAACUGCUGUGCUAUUGGUAGGAAGAAAAUGGGAUUUGAGCCAAAAUUUGCCUGUGUUACUGCCAAAGUCUGUAUCAGAUUUAAGACACAUGCUUCUGCAAGCUUCCAUGAAGGUUGUGAAAAAAGUUUUCAUACAGAGUUGGAUUACAGCUCUCGGCUCAAAACACUGGCCAUUACACUACCAUCUUAAAAGCCUGCUGUAACACAGAGCACAGAAUCGAGAAGACUUCUAACAUUUUCUGGACCACAGAUGGAUUUUGAAUGUCUCUUUGUGUCUUGAUGGAAGAUAUAUUAACUUCAUUAACUGGAAUCCAUACCUGAUCGCUUGUGAGUGUGUAUGUGUAUACAUACAGAUAUAUAUCUAUUUAAAACCUUAUCAUGAUUUUAUUUCAAGUGUAUCUAAAAUCUGCUCUAAGAAAUUCCAUUCUCUAGAGGAACUUACAGUUGUUUUGAGCAGCAAAGAGACAGAUAUUUAGUUGCAGAUGCUGGAAUCCUUUGUGAGUUUGUGAGAGAAAUUCUGGAAGCUUUUCUGUGUUGGUGGUAGAGAAAUGCCUUUUGAAACAGACACUUCCAGCUGUAUGACAACGACUGCGUAGUAACCUGUGGAUUUUAAACAUCAGAAUGUACAAACCGUGGGCAACUGUGAAUAUUUUCAUCGUUUCUUAUCUACAUCUGCUGCAAGGAUCUGACUAUGAGAACGGAUCUGUGAAGAGGACAUCUCUGUCAGCAUUGGAGCGGUCAGAACAGCAGAUUAGGAGAGCAUCCAGCCUGGAAGAGCUGCUUCACAUCACUCACUCUGAGGACUGGAAGCUGUGGAAAUGCAGGCUAAAACUCAAGAGCUUGGCCAACUUAGACUCCCGCUCUGCUUCACAUCGCUCUACCAGAUUUGCUGCUGCUUUCUAUGAUAUCGACACACUGAAAGUCAUAGAUGAAGAAUGGCAAAAGACUCAGUGUGUGCCAAGGGAAACCUGUGUGGAAGUUGCCAAAGAGCUAGGUACAACAACCAAUAAAUUUUUCAAGCCUCCCUGUGUGAAUGUGUUCAGAUGUGGAGGCUGCUGCAACGAGGAGAGUCUCAGCUGCAUGAAUACAAGUACAACUUACGUGUCAAAAACGCUCUUUGAGAUCUCGGUUCCCUUGACAAGUGUUCCCGAGCCUGUGCCCAUCAAAAUUGCCAAUCACACAGCCUGUAAGUGUACGUCAAAUACCCAGCGCCACCAGUACACCAUCAUACGAAGAUCUGUCCAGUACCCAGAAGAAGAUGGAUGCCCCUUUACCAACAAAUUUUGCCACAAUGGAUGGAUCUGGGAUAGUGACAAAUGUGAAUGUGUUAUAGACACACAGCACUCCAACAGACGAGAAGGACUCCCUCCUCUUGCUGAGCUGGCUAUGUGUGGACAACAUAUGGAAUUUGAUGAAGAAAAUUGUGAAUGCAUCUGUAGACAUAAGUGUCCCACAGAUUUCUUUCAAAGUAAAGAGAACUGCAGCUGCUAUUUGUGUAGGGAGAGCCAGGAGAGCUGUGCUCUAAAACACAAGAUAUUUCAUGCUGAAACCUGCAGUUGUGAAGACAGAUGUCCAUCCCAACCCAGAACAUGCCCAACUGCCAAACCAGUGUGUUCCAGGCAUUGUCGUUGUCCAAAGGAGAAGAAAGGUACUCAUGGCUCCCAAAGCAGAGAAACUCCUUGACUGAGCUUCCCCUACUCUUCGAAAAUCCACUGCUUUGCAAAGUAGCUGUCACUGACUUUCAAACAAUAGUAAACAUGAACAUCUUCCACAUUAAUAGCAGAAGAAUUAAUCCAGUCUGCAUUUAUUUAUUAGAGUAAUCACUAACUGCAAGUGAAUCCUCUGGGACACUGGUAAAUGUUCUCCAAGAGGUAACAACAGCUGAUGAAUUUCUGGCUGCAUGGAAGAAAGAUUGGCAAGUACCAGUUCAAGGUUACGUUAUGGAAGAUAAAACUCUGUAUUGGAAAUAGAGUCACAGUGUCCAGCCAGUCAUUCAGAAAUUGAGACUUGAUAAUCUUAGCCUCUGAAUCCUUAGCUAAUGCAGCUCCUGGGUAAAACUUUCUUCAGAAAUUCAGUGUACAGGAUUUGGCUUCUAAUAGGUUCAGCACUGAGUUAUUUGAUCUACUGUCCAGCUUUGAUUAUAAUUUUGUGUUUAUUGUACAACUACUGUCAGAUGUGCCAUAUUUAAGUGUAUAUAAGAAAAUAAAUACAUCAGUUA